GUUUAUUUCGAGUUUCGACUAUUAACUAACUUCAAACGUUCAUCUAUUUUUAUUUGUGGGAUAAACCGAAAACUCAACGGUCCUACAGUCGAACACGUGGGGUAGAAUUAUCAGUAAAAUUCAAAUCGUAGUGUUUAACCUUCAAUUAAUAUGCACUAGACUAAAUAAUAAAGUGUAUUGGCAUAAAAAUAUCAUAAAUUUGAUUAGAGCGUUAUUAUAGAUAUCAAUUUAUCUUUUGCAAUGAAACUAAAAGGAAUUGUUUCUCAUGUCUCCAUUCAGCCGACGAAAAUUCAACCUAUUAUUGUAAAAUUCCAAAAUGGUAAACUACAAAACAAUCUGGUCAGUAAAAUGAAAUGUGGUUUAUUUUACGAUGAAAGGGAAAAAAAAUCCUUGUUAGGAAUUUCCAAUAACCAUGUUGUUUACAAAGGACAUCGUCCAAAAAAUCAAUUAACUUAUCCUAUGCUGGCAAUUCACAAUAAAAAAACAGGUAACAUUAAAUUGAUUCAAGCAGAAAGAUGGUUGGUAUUUCCAACGACUAAAAAACAGUUGAUAUCUAAUAAAAACAAUGAGGAUAAUCAAAACAAUCUACUCAACAAAGAAUUUGGUUCAAAAAAAGUCAAACGAAGAACUAUUCAAAAUAGUAAAAUGCAAGUUAGCAUAGAUGCAGUACAAGAUCAACUUGCAGAAACUGUUUCUCAGAUCGAAGUUGAUCAAGAUGAUUUGAAAGUUGAAACAAUCGAUGACAAAUUUAGUAGUUUACCUCCGUGUAAUCGUACUGCAUCAGUUGUUCAUGAGGUUUACAACUUGGAGGAUAUUAUUCCUGCAGAAAAACUUAUGUUGAUGUGUGAGAAUUGUGAUAGUUUGUUACAAAAUGAAGAAAAUAGGAAAGCACCAUUCUUUGCUAAUUCUCUCAGAAUAAUAGACAAUGACGCUAAAAAAAAAACAAAACUUGCUAUCCUAGAAUUUAUAAAUGCUCUUUCAAAAUGGAUAAGUAUAAAUGUUAGAGAAGCUAAAAAAAGAAGCUCAGAGAUAUCUGCGAUUCCAGAAAUAAGUGAUUAUGUUAUAAAUACUUAUAGUAUGUUGAGCGCGAAGGGAAGGGCGCGUCCAGUCAGUAUAAGAGACAAAGCUGUAAUCCAUAGCAUUAUUUUAGCUUUAAUGGUGAAUGAUUUCAAGUUAGAUUUGAAAUCAUUUAAUGAAGUAUUUACUUGUCGUCUGGGUCUUCGAAAAUUAACAGAGUUAGCUCGAAUUGUUGGAGCUGUUCCAAGUAAAGACAACAAAGAUGUACUUGUAUUGAAAAUUCCUUUAGCUAGUGCUAUCGAUAUAACAAAAAAAUCCAGAAAAAAAUAAUUUAUUUCAUAUUUUUAUUGCCAAUUAUAAUAAUUGAUACGGAUCGUUAUUAAUAGUACAUUUAGAUUACUUUUAUUUUUAAAACGAUAAAAUAAAUUUUUUAAUUGAAAAAAAAAAAGAAA